AUGUGGAUCAACGAACAUGUACACAACCACUACCGGCCAAUGGACUUGCCCAAAGAUCUCUGUGUUCGUAGGUAUGGCGGGGAAUUUAAAAUUUGGUGCGUGGGGUAGGGUAGGGUACGACAAAAAAUGUAGGAUAUGGUAGGGUAAAGUAGGGUAUGGUAAGGUAAGGUAGAGUAUCUUAGGUCAAGUAAACGCUUCUUCCUAAGCCUUAGAGCAAGAACAAAAAAGAAGCUAACUUUACUAUCAACCCCCAUUUCAGUAUCUUCCAAUGGAACAACGAGACCAUCAACAUUUGGUCCCAUCUCAUAGGUUUCUUCUACUUUCUCCACAUGCAAUAUCGGGUCAAUUUUCAAGUUUUACCAGCCCUAAAUGCACCACAAAUGGACCAUAUUGUGUUCAGUCUAUCUCUAUUCGGUUCUCAACUUUGUAUGAUACUAUCAGCCGCAUACCACACGUUUGGUUGCAUUAAUGAGUACGAGAGGAACAAGUGGCUCAGGAUGGACGUGUUUGGCAUUUCAGCUGGAUUGUUGGGAAUGUAUUUGGGUGGCAUUUAUACGUCGUUUUAUUGCUUUAAUGUAAGAGUUUUUACAUUUUUUAUCUUGCUUUUAUCGUGUGGCACUCUGCUUACAAAGACAGGUUUAGACCAGUCCCUUGAGUGUCAUACUAAGGAGGUCUAACUGCAACACAUAGUAGUCAUCAAACCAAAAAUAAUGCAAAGCCUUUCUUCAGAACGCCCUCCAAACCUACUUAUCAGUACUCAGCGGCAUCGUAGCUCUAGCCCUGUAUAUACCAGCCAAAAAGGACGCAAUCACAUCCAAAAUAGGUAACACACGAAUCGGCUACCUUCACCUCACAUACAUUGCCAUAACCAGUUUCGGCAUCUACCCCACAAUCCACUGGAUUCAACUCCAUGGUGGCUUCGACAACCCCCAUGUGGCCACAUGGCUACCAUCCAUCAUAAUCAUGUUUGGAUUGGUGGCUAUGGGCUUCGUGUUCUAUGCCACGCUGAUUCCGGAACGUUUUUGUCCGGGAAAGUUUGAUUUGAUCGGAUGCUCACAUCAGUGGUGGCAUUUGUUUAUAUUGGCAGCCAUGAUAUACUGGAACGAGGCUGGGGUUCAGCUUCUUACCUAUUAUCAUUCCAUGCCACAGCUUUGUUCUCAUGUGGAUAUGGGUGCGGAUUCUUUGAUUACUAUCAACUCAACUCGCUUUGAACUUUAA